UGAGCUUUGCUCUCCUCCGCGUUGUGUGAAUUGGUGUUUUACAUUUUCCUAUCAACACCCCGAUUUGUAUUUUGGUUUAUUCUGCGCUGUUAAUGCUCUGCUUCUGCGAGCGUUGAGAGACCCCUCCUGUAUCCCUUGCUCAGAACGCAUGUCAAUUCCAUCGUCUCACAUGUACGCACGAGAUCCCAUGUCUUUCUCUGCAGGAGUAGAUCCGGAGUUAUGCGACCACACUCCCCCUCUCCUUUUCCUCAUCGCAAGGAGAGUUGUGUCGGAGUGCUUGCGACGCAUGCGUUGUAUCUCUCUUCGGUCAGUCUGUCCCCGAGGUCCCUUACGCCCGCUCCUCUCCAGCACGCACCUGGAACUCUGCAUUUCGCUUCUUCGCGCGCCCGAUGCGCCCGCUCCUCCCGUGGCUUGCCCGUUGGACCCGGCCCCUCGCGCGCGCCUGGUCAAGGCUGCAGUGUAGAGACGCAGGUUAGUGCUGUGCACGAGCCGGCAAUAUGUGGAUAUGAUCGCUCAUUCGCCGCCUCCUCGACCUUUUCGACUCGGUCCAUUUCUCAUACCACCGGCCCUUUGGUUGUAUCGCAAGACCCGCUGUGGCUGUUGUUUUGGCGGGAAAUGGAGUUGGCGUGCUGACUGGUAACGAGCGUGAUGUCUUUCCUCCUACCCUUUCCACUUCCCACACUUUGCGAGGGGUGCUG